AUGGAGGACCCGGCGCAAAAGACCAUCAAGAAGCAUAAGCGCGGUGCCAAACGUGCAAAAAUUCAACGUCCAGUUAUGCAAAAUCCGACGCAGAAUACCAUCGUACAGGAUGAGCCUAGUGCCAACCGAGCAAGCCUGCCCCCAGAGCUAUGGGACAUGAUCAUUCAAUAUCUUCGAGAGUCUGUUCGCAAGAAACCCAAGCACCUUAGCCGACUGUCGCAGACAUGCCGAUCCCUUUACCAGAGCAUCCAUCCAUUUCUUUACGAAACACCUAGACUUUCAUGGUUAAUUCAUGGGCCUCGACUUGCAGAAACUAUCAAGAAACGCCCAGAUCUGGCUCCACUCAUUCGUGAAAUUCGCCACGAGGAUGAUACCGGAUUUGAAGAUUUGAUUGAUUUCUCUGUGCCCUUCUAUGAAAUGAUUGCUAAAUUACCCUCUCUGGAAACACUUGUUUUCAGGAAACGACUUGGGGUUCCUUGGAGAAGAGACAUCAAAUGGACCGAGGAGGAGGACAAAGUGCGACGAUUAUCCGGUAGAUGCUACCUGGAUGAGGAAUUCGUCCGAGAGGAGGUGGAGGACGAGACGCAUGAAACUGUAGAUGGCUAUAUCUCCCAAGCUGCUCAGGCUUUUUUUGAGCAUGAGCAAAAAGGGACGUUAGGUCCAGGAAAUGACCCAUUUGGCUGUGGGGAAAACCCGUGGGAAGUCAUGAUAAACUUUCAGAAGUAUCAGGAAGACCUCAUAGACCAACGUCUUGAGUACAGUGCUGCUCUCACAAAGAAAACUUGGUUCUGUGGAGGUAUUCUUGGCGAUCACAAAAAUGCUCGCCUGCCUCCCAAUUUGCGAGUUUGCCAUAUCGGAACUGAUUCUACACUUGAUACACACAAUCAGAAGGAGUAUGAUAUUCCUACUUUUAAUGAGACCAUUUUUCUCCUCAAACAACGACCUGAAAAGAUCUGCAUCACGGGUGCGAGGUUUCAGUGGCUUUCAAAAGGGGAUUCCAUUUUUUUUUACGAUGACAUGUUGCCUUCUGAACAUUCCACCGUGAAAGAAUUGGUGAUUCUCAAUUGUGAGAUAUCAAUGGAAGACCUAAAAUUUAUUCUCAGCUUUACAGAGGGACUGAAAUCCUUUACAUUCCGAGGCCCUCUUCCACAAGGCUUCGCAGAGGGAGGCGGCUUCCCGGAUCUAUUCAUGGAUCAUCAUGACUGCAUCGAAACUCUCGACCUUGACGUCUACUGGGGGGCGGCCCUUGCCUCCGGGCUUCACAACUUUUCAUUUCUCGAAAAACUUACAAUCACACCUUACUCGCUGCUAGGAAUGGGGACACGUCCAGUAAUGCCCUUGCCAAAUUCGCUCAAAAGCCUUACAUUUCGAUAUGAACCGGGACAGCCUGUACCUCUGGCGGUCCUCUAUAAUUCAUUGACGCGUGAGGGUCAACAUUUAUGUCUGCCGCUUCUUCGUGAGAUAAUUUGUGAGAUACCGGAUAAUCUGAGCAAUCCCUCCAGUGAGGAAGUCUGCUUCCAAAUCAAUAAUUGGGUGGAUUUGUUUCGACAACGGAAUGUUUCACUUCUGGCCAAAUUGGUUCCGUAUCCAUACACAAUGUCGGAGUAUGAUUCUUGCUCUUGUGAGAACCUGCAUUUUUACCACCGGUUUCCAUGCCAUAAGGAAUCGAAUAAAACAAAUGCGAAGGUCUUCUGGCCUGGGUCAGUUGAUUUUUCUGUUGCUCAAUAUGAGAGGGCUCUAAAUGACGGCGAAUUGGAUGAGUGGCCUGGAUUUUCGGAUAGUGAAGACGACUGGUAG